ACUAAAUACGUAAGCAAAUAAAUAGUUAAAAAUAAACACAGAAAUAUUUCGAAGGGAGAUAAUUGCGGUAGCAUAUUCGCAGGUUAACUCCCUUGGUUAUUCAUAUGCUGAAAAUGGCAGCGGCUGGAAGAAGUACAUUACAAGCACUCCGGCAAGUCUGUUCCAUGCGCCUGAAAAACAAAGGUUUUGAGAACACUCUGAGUGGGAUUAAUGUGAUAUCAGGGAGUGAUGGGGGCUGUGUAUGUGAGUUAAAAGUAACAGAAGACAAUAAAAAUUUAUAUGGCAGUCUGCAUGGUGGGUUGAUGGCUACUCUGGUUGAUGCGGUGUCCACAUGGGGUAUGGAAGCUCAUACCAGCAACCCUGGCAUAAGCGUGGAACUCAAUAUAACAUAUGUCAAAGGUGCAAAAGUGGGAGAAACGGUUGUCAUUGAAUCUAAACCAUUGAAGAUUGGCCGCACAUUGGCAUAUUUCAGUGUGGAUAUAACAAACAAAAAAACUGGAGAUCUCUUAGCCACUGGGCGCCACACUAAACAUGUUGGAAGAUAAGCAAAAUAACUUACUGAUACAGCUAUGUAGAUCUGUGCCCUUCCUGUUGAAGUACUCUACGUAGCAUUACCAUUGGAGCGAAAUGUUCAGGCUUCUUCAAGGUGAAGAUAAUCAUUUCUCUGGAUUAGUACAAGUGUGGAAGAUAUGCAAGGCAAAACAUUAUGGCAACAUCUAUUUUUCUACCUGCUACCUGAAAUUUUUGAACUGACCAGAACCCCAUAGGGUAUACAAUUACAUCAAUACACACCGGGAAUGUGUUACAAAAUGACUUUCUGUAUACCUAUAAACAAAGUCUCCAAUGACAGACCUUUUGUAUGUAUGGAUUAUUAAUAUCAUAACCUCAAGAAGCACUUUUGUGUACAUGCUAUAAUUAUAAAGUGGCAUUGCAUUCAACUCAUUCCACCAGAAUCGGAGGAUUUGUUCUAGGUAGAAACACCUAAUGUGAUUGCGUUAUGUUGAGCCUGAACAAUACUACCUAGUUAUGACAUGGGGGUGAAGGGAUGGAAUAUAUGUGUGUUAAACAUGCUUGAAAUGUAUGCAAGCCUAGGAAAUGGAACUUUUUUGUGAAAUUUAGGCUAUAUAAAGUAAAUACUAUUCCAGUUAUUGUUUUAAUUACUGACUCUCUAGGUUGCUAUAUGUUGCUACAUAAGGUAUUUAUAGCUAUUUA